AUGGCCGGUCAUAUUAGACAGUACCAUACAUGCACUAUAAUUAUAACAGUUAUUUUAUUAUUGAUUGAUUCAAAUUUAUUAUGCAAUUCAAUUCGACUCGAAUAUCGUCCUUCAUUGGGUCAACUAUUUACGUAUUCAGAAGUCGAAGUUAUUGAAGUAUCUGAUCCCGAUGAAGAUAUUGAUUAUAGUAUUCAACUCAUGAAAACGAUUCACACGGAACGAAUUGUUGAUGUGAAUGAAUUGGAAGAUGGUAUUAUCACUAUUGAAUUACAGUUCACUUCGGUUGAGAUAACACCACCAAAUGAAAGUCUGAAAAGAAAUCUUCUUGCCUCUUCUCAUCGUAUCAAAAUCAAUCGUUACGGUAUGAUGCAGGGUGCCCUUGCAUCAGCACUUGUCGGCGAUGUCAAUAAUGUUUUUCCAUUACAUGACGUUGACGUAGGAGAUUCAUGGACAACAACUGUGGACGGAUUAGCAAAGGUGAAUACACGAUAUACACUUGUUAGCGUUGAUGAAAAUCUCGUGGCCACCAUCGAUAGUCAAGCGACCAUUAAUGUCUUAGAAGGUUUGGGUACCGCUACCGCCUCUGUUACGUUGGAAAUAGAUUCAAGAACUGGUGUAACUAUUACACGAGAGGACACCCGCAUUUUACAGGUUUUUUCAAAACGCACAGUUAAGACAAAAAGCAGAAAACUUAUUGCACAAGAAUAA